CCUUCGGUUGGGAGAGCCAUCGGCACACACGAGGAGGACUCUCUUCGAGUGCUGAGUCGGACCUCUCUCUCUUUUUCUGGUGUCGCUGCGAGAUAGCAGCAGAGUGUCCGCUGACAGAUCGUCCAAGACCGACGUUCAUGUAAUAUAAGGCCUCUAAAAACACAUGAUCUAAAAGAAAGUGGCGAACGAGAAGCUACCUACGACGUUUCCGCCACUUCGCUAGUAGCCACAGUAAUCAGAGCCACAAUGGAUUCGACAGACACGGCCCCUGAUUCCUGGGAGCAGGAGGACGACGUGGAGGCCCCAGCCGACGCGCAGCUCCAGUCCGCCUUCACCGCCCUCAACGUGAACGCCAAACCGUUCGUCCCGAACGUCAACGCUCCCGAGUUCGUGCCGGCCUUUUUCCAGAGAGGAUCGUCGGAGGAGUCCGGCCGCGAUGGAACUGAUACAGUUUCCAGGAUGGAGGUUACAGAAACAGCCGCGCCGGUGGAGAACGGAGAGGCGGACAUGAACACUGAGCCAUCGUGGGAGCAGAAGGAGGAGCCCAGCGAGACGGAGCCUGGAGGUGGGCCCUACGGGGACAUGGGUUCUGCAGAGGAUCCACAGCAGGAGAUGAUGGAGGAAGAGGAGGAGAUGCCUAUGCCUAAAGUAGCUCCAGCUCUGCCAGAUGCCCCCAAGAAAGAACAUGUCAAUGUGGUAUUUAUUGGCCAUGUGGAUGCUGGGAAGUCAACCAUUGGAGGGCAAAUAAUGUACCUAACAGGAAUGGUGGACAAGCGGACUUUGGAAAAGUAUGAACGGGAAGCAAAAGAGAAGAACAGAGAAACCUGGUACCUUUCUUGGGCCCUCGACACAAACCAGGAGGAGAGGGACAAGGGAAAGACCGUGGAAGUUGGACGGGCAUACUUUGAAACAGAAAAAAAGCACUUUACCAUUUUGGAUGCUCCAGGCCAUAAAAGCUUUGUCCCAAAUAUGAUUGGUGGGGCAUCGCAGGCUGACUUGGCAGUACUGGUAAUCUCUGCAAGAAAAGGCGAGUUUGAAACAGGCUUUGAAAAGGGUGGACAGACAAGAGAGCAUGCCAUGUUGGCAAAGACUGCUGGGGUCAAGCAUCUCAUAGUUCUCAUCAACAAAAUGGAUGAUCCGACGGUGAACUGGAGUUUGGAAAGGUAUGAGGAAUGCAAGGAGAAACUAGUGCCGUUUUUGAAGAAGGUUGGGUUUAACCCAAAAAAAGACAUUCAUUUCAUGCCCUGUUCUGGACUUACAGGAGCUAACCUUAAAGAACCCACAGAGCUGUGCCCUUGGUAUACGGGUUUGCCAUUCAUUCCACAUCUGGACAGUUUGCCAAACUUCAACAGGUCAAGCGAUGGACCAGUCAGGUUACCCAUUGUAGACAAAUACAAGGAUAUGGGCACUGUUGUCCUCGGCAAGCUGGAGUCCGGGUCUAUCAGCAAAGCACAGCAACUUGUCAUGAUGCCAAACAGGCACAUUGUGGAGGUGCUGAGCUUGCUCUCGGACGACGUGGAGACAGAUGAUGCUGGUCCUGGGGAGAACCUGAAGCUCCGACUGAAGGGAAUCGAGGAAGAGGAGAUCCUGCCCGGCUUUAUUCUCUGCAAUGCUGAAAACCUCUGUCAUUCUGGGCGCACAUUUGAUGCUCAGAUUGUCAUCAUUGAACACAAAUCAAUCAUUUGCCCAGGUUACAAUGCAGUUCUACACAUUCAUACCUGUAUCGAAGAAGUGCAAAUUACCGCCUUAAUCUGCUUGGUAGACAAGAAAACGGGUGAAAAGAGCAAGACGCGACCACGAUUUGUUAAACAAGACCAAGUAUGCAUUGCCCGCCUGCGGACUGCUGGUACUAUCUGCCUUGAGACGUUCAAAGACUUCCCCCAGAUGGGACGGUUUACUCUACGGGAUGAAGGCAAGACCAUAGCCAUUGGCAAGGUGUUAAAGCUGGUACCAGAAAAGGACUAAAAUAGAGGCACAGGAACUUUCUGCUGCUGACGCCGGGGGAUGAGGGUGGAUACUGCUGCUGUCCACUUUACCUUGUGCAAGCCGAAGAUGAAUCAAACAUCGACUUCAAAAAUAUGCUUCUGAGAGUGAAAAGUGAAUUGGUUUUUAAGAAAAACAAUAUAUAAGAAAGUCCACGUGUCAGCUUUCUCAUAUUGAGAGCUCAGCUACGCCAACUGUUCAGCACCCUUUUCUGUGACCCACACGCGCGUCUACACAGGUUAAAUUUGGAAAAGUUUCUCUUAAAUGUUCUCCUUCCUUCAAGGAGGGCCAGUGCAGGUAUAUGACAUGCAGAGUUUGCUUGGAAUGAAAUUUUGAUUUAUAAAAUUAAUUUUAAAAGUUAGUAGUAGGGGGGAGAAAAAGUUCAUACUCUGGCUGUACAUGCCUCCCUGUAUUCCAGUCCAGAUUGGUUUCUCUAAACAUAACAGUUCUUGCUGCAAGCGUGAGUGCACGUUAUUAAAGCAACUACAGUGACAAUAAAAUAUUCAAUUGAA